CCUGGGAGGCGUGACCAGAAGCGGAAGUAGUUGUGGGCGCCUUUGCAACCGCCUGGAACGCCGCUGAGGGGGUCUGUGUAGGUUCGCGGGUCGCGGCCGGGGUCCUGAAGGAGUGCGCCGGGAGCGGAGAUAUGGAGGGUGAUGGUUCAGACCCAGAGCCUGCAGAUGCUGGGGAGGACAGCAAGUCGGAGAAUGGGGAGAAUGCGCCCAUUUACUGCAUCUGUCGCAAACCGGACAUCAACUGCUUCAUGAUCGGGUGUGACAACUGCAAUGAGUGGUUCCAUGGGGACUGCAUCCGGAUCACUGAGAAGAUGGCCAAGGCCAUCCGGGAGUGGUACUGUCGGGAGUGCCGAGAGAAGGACCCCAAGCUAGAGAUUCGCUAUCGGCACAAGAAGUCACGGGAGCGGGAUGGCAAUGAGCGGGAUGGCAGCGAGCCCCGGGAUGAGGGUGGAGGGCGCAAGAGGCCUGUCCCGGAUCCAGACCUGCAGCGUCGGGCAGGGUCAGGGACAGGGGUUGGGGCCAUGCUUGCUCGGGGCUCUGCUUCACCCCACAAAUCCUCUCCGCAGCCCUUGGUGGCCACACCCAGCCAGCAGCAGCAGCAGCAGCAGCAGCAGAUCAAACGGUCAGCCCGCAUGUGUGGUGAGUGCGAGGCAUGUCGGCGCACUGAGGACUGUGGUCACUGUGAUUUCUGUCGGGACAUGAAAAAGUUUGGAGGCCCCAACAAGAUCCGGCAGAAAUGCCGGCUGCGCCAGUGCCAGCUGCGGGCCCGGGAAUCGUACAAGUACUUCCCUUCCUCGCUCUCGCCAGUGACGCCCUCAGAGUCCCUGCCAAGGCCCCGUCGGCCACUGCCCACCCAACAGCAGCCACAGCCGUCACAGAAGUUAGGGCGCAUCCGUGAAGAUGAGGGGGCAGUGGCGUCAUCAGCAGUCAAGGAGCCUCCUGAGGCUACAGCCACGCCUGAGCCACUCUCAGAUGAGGACCUACCUCUGGAUCCUGACCUGUAUCAGGAUUUCUGUGCAGGGGCCUUUGAUGACCAUGGCCUGCCCUGGAUGAGCGACACAGAAGAGUCCCCAUUCCUGGACCCCGCGCUUCGGAAGAGGGCAGUGAAAGUGAAGCAUGUGAAGCGUCGGGAGAAGAAAUCUGAGAAGAAGGUGACGGAGAGGAAGGAGGAGCGGUACAAGCGGCAUCGGCAGAAGCAGAAGCACAAGGAUAAAUGGAAACACCCAGAGAGGAACGAUGCCAAGGACCCUGCGUCGCUGCCUCAGUGCCUGGGGCCUGGCUGUGUGCGCCCCGCCCAGCCCAGCUCCAAGUAUUGCUCAGAUGACUGUGGCAUGAAGCUGGCAGCCAACCGCAUCUACGAGAUCCUCCCCCAGCGCAUCCAGCAGUGGCAGCAGAGUCCUUGCAUUGCUGAAGAGCAUGGUAAGAAGCUGCUCGAACGCAUUCGCCGAGAGCAACAGAGUGCCCGCACUCGCCUUCAGGAAAUGGAACGCCGAUUCCAUGAGCUUGAGGCCAUCAUUCUUCGUGCCAAGCAGCAGGCUGUGCGCGAGGAUGAGGAGAGCAAUGAGGGUGACAGUGAUGACACAGACCUGCAGAUCUUCUGUGUUUCCUGUGGGCACCCCAUCAACCCACGUGUUGCCUUGCGCCACAUGGAGCGCUGCUACGCCAAGUAUGAGAGCCAGACGUCCUUUGGGUCCAUGUACCCCACACGAAUUGAAGGGGCCACACGACUCUUCUGUGAUGUCUAUAAUCCUCAGAGUAAAACAUACUGUAAGCGGCUCCAGGUGCUGUGCCCUGAGCACUCACGGGACCCCAAAGUGCCAGCCGACGAGGUAUGCGGGUGCCCCCUUGUACGUGAUGUCUUUGAGCUCACAGGUGACUUCUGCCGCCUGCCCAAGCGCCAAUGCAAUCGCCAUUACUGCUGGGAGAAGCUGCGACGUGCGGAAGUGGACUUGGAGCGUGUGCGUGUGUGGUACAAGCUGGAUGAGCUGUUUGAGCAGGAGCGCAAUGUGCGCACAGCCAUGACAAACCGCGCGGGAUUGCUGGCCCUGAUGUUGCACCAGACGAUCCAGCACGACCCCCUCACUACCGACUUGCGCUCCAGUGCCGACCGCUGAGCCUCCUGGCCUGGACCCCUCACAUCCUGCAUUCCAGAUGGGGGAGCCGCCCAGUGCCCGUGUGUCCGUUCCUCCAUUCAUCAGUUUCUCUGGUUCAACCUGUGCCCAUCCACCGGUUGACCGCCCGUCUGCCUUUGUCAAAGGGUUUUUCCCUGUCUCCAUGUUCAGUGCCUGGUGGGGCUGCAGAGUCCACUCAUCCUUCCCCUCCCUGGGUUUUGUUAAUAAAAUUUUGAAGAAACUAA